UGAAGUAAUAUCCGCAAUAUAUAUUAUUAUAAUUCUUAUAAUUAUAAUUUUUGAGCUUAUAUAUAUACACAUUAAUACACUCCUUUUUACUCUUCACUAUGCAAAAGGAGAGUUUAGAGAGAGAAAUUUAAUAUUUUGUAGAGAGAGAAAGUUGGCCAUAAUAUACUCAAUGGCUUUCUCCUCUUCUACACCAUCAUCAUUAACAUUUUCUUGUAAAUAUUUUUGUUUAUCUAUACUCCUAACAUGGCUUACAACCCAUGUUAUGAUAGUUUCCGCUUCGGUAUCGACCCUUGGGCUAACCCCAGAGGUGGUGGCUAAGCAGAACGCCGACCGCGUCGUCGACUUGCCAGGGCAGCCGGUAGUUGGGUUUAAGCAUUAUGCUGGUUAUGUGAAUGUGAAUGCUAGUCAUGGUAGAGAACUGUUUUAUUGGUUUUUUGAAGCUGAUCAUAAUCCUCAUCUUAAACCUGUGGUUCUCUGGCUUAAUGGAGGUCCUGGAUGCUCUUCGGUUGGUUAUGGUGAAGCUGAAGAGCUAGGUCCCUUCUUCCCUAAGAAGGGAAGCAAACCGUCGUUGAAACACAACAAAUUCUCAUGGAAUAAAGCUGCAAAUCUGUUGUUUUUGGAGUCUCCUGUUGGUGUUGGUUUUUCUUACACCAAUACUAGCAGUGAUUUUGAUGAACUAGGUGACACUUUUACAGCAAAGGAUUCUUACAUAUUCCUUGUCAACUGGUUCAAGAGAUUUCCGCAAUUUAAGUCCCAUGAAUUCUAUUUAGCAGGGGAAAGUUAUGCAGGCCACUAUGUUCCACAGCUCGCAGAGUACAUCUUUGACAGUAAAAAACAUGCUUGCAAGGAGGAUUUUAUCAAUCUGAAAGGUUUCUUGAUUGGGAACGCGUUGUUGGAUGAUGAAACAGAUCAAACAGGAAUGAUCGACUAUGCCUGGGAUCAUGCUGUUAUAUCAGAUAAAGUCUUCAGAGAUGUGAAGAGAAAGUGCAACUUCAAAGUUGAGAACGUAUCAGAUGAUUGCACAAGUGCACUUAAUGAGUACUUUGAAGUUUACGACCUGAUAGAUAUGUACAGCUUGUACGCGCCUAUCUGCACAAAAAAUUACACUGAUGUUAACAGCAGCAACAGCAGGAGGCAACUUUCUGCCAUCAAAGGCAUUGCACCUCGCGUGUUCUCCAAAUUUGAUAAAUGGCACAGGCGGCCUGCUGGAUACGACCCUUGUUUAGAUCAUUACACAGACGUGUAUCUAAAUAGGCCAGAUGUUCAAGCAGCACUUCAUGCCAAUACCUCGAAAAUUCCUUACGCUUGGACCUUCUGCAGCGACAACAUUACAUUUUGGGCUGAUGCACCUGCCUCAAUACUUCCUGUUAUUAGGAAGCUUAUAGAUGGUGGGCUUCGGAUAUGGGUUUUCAGUGGAGAUACUGAUGGGAGGAUUCCUGUGAGUUCGACGAGGUUAACACUCAGAAAGCUUGGCUUGAAGAUCAAACAAGAUUGGACACCCUGGUAUAGCAAAGAUCAGGUUGGUGGAUGGACCAUUGCCUAUGAUGGGCUGAUGUUUGUUACAGUUCGAGGCGCGGGUCACCAAGUUCCAACUUACAAGCCAAGGGAAGCCCUUCUGAUGCUCAGGCAUUUCCUUGCCAACAAAACAAUGCCGUCUAAAGCCUUUUGAUAAACGCGCUAUGAUGCAUUGCUUCAGUUUCCAUCCUUACAUAUAUAUCAAGAAUAAUUAGUUCAAUUUUUGGUUGUCAAGAUUUUUAUCAAGAAAAAAAGAACAAGUGAUGUUUGUUUAGGUUGAAGAACUUCCAUAUAUAGGGAGGGGUCUAAUUGCUAAUUGUAAAGCAUUUUUUUUACACAGAAAAGAAACAAAUUAUAGAUAAAGGAGUAGUUUUUGGAAAGGAAAUUUGAUCAAUAAAUGAAGUAUGGGCAUCUGUAAUUCUUUGAAUGCUUGUUCUAUAAUCCAAUAUCCUUAAAAUUAGUUUGUUGUUCUCAAA